UCUUUUCUCAGUAUUUUUUUUUUCUGUGUAAGGCGAUACGGUAUGCUCCCAUUACCAAUUUCUCCGUCAGAGGUAAAGCACAUUGCUCGUUUGCCGAAAUACAAAGGCCAGGAAUAUCUUGCUAGAAAGCUGCAACUCAGUCCCAUUGAUGAGGAAGAUGACUUGAAAUCAGCACUGUUGGUUGAUUAUUAUUAUGACGUCUUACAAUAUGCAGUCAAUCGUGGCAUGGCAUGGAAGGAUGUUGUUUCAUGUUUAAAUUUUGCUUCAGACAUAUUGGAUGCAACUCAAGGACAAGUGUUAGUUACUGCAGUGAGGCUUCUUCAAAACAUGGCAGUAAAUUAUGUAUCUGAAGGAAAAAUUACCCUUCAAAAUGCCCAACUCAUAUGCAAAUAUUUUACAGGCACUUUUUUGGCUCAUUUCAAGUUAUACCAGUAUGUGCUAUCUCGUCCUCAAGAAGAACACAGAGGACAUGUUUCUUUGAUGAUUGAAGUGCCAACUGAGUUAAUGAAACUUGCAGAUGCGGAUACAUUACAGGUUUGGGAAUAUGCCAACAAGAUGAAUGAAAUAGACAAAAAAGAAGAGGAUAAAAGAGUGGAAGUUGAAAAUCAACGACUUGAAAUUGAGAAAAAAUCUGAGUGUAUGGAAUAUGAUAUUAAAGCUCAGUUUUUGGAGGGUGAAAUCAAAUCACUAAGCCUAAAUGAUGCAGAAAAAUUGAUUUCUGAAGUUGCCACAACAAAAUUAUCACUUUUGGUUGAAGACAUUGGCACUAACAUCACAGAGAUGAAGGAUUCUACUGAUAUUGCUAUACAAAGACAAGCCAUACCUGUACCACCAGAUUGGAAGAACAGUCAGACUUUUCUGGCUAAAAAUGCCAGCCAAAACAAACCAAAAUCACCUGAAGGAUCCAGAAAAUCAUCUGCAAAAUCUGCUUCCUCAAGAAAAAAGAAAUAAGAAUAUAUUUGUUAAAAUGUAGCUUCUGUAAGACGUUUUUGUUAAUUUUUUUAUGGGAUGCUUUAUGCAAGGUCACAAGUCUUCUUCUAACUAUUUUUUUGCAUAUUUUCACCAAGCAAGAUUAUUAAUUCAUAGCUUGAAAAGUUGUAUUGAUACGGGUCACCGUAUCACUUAUAGAUAUAAAAGGUAACAUUUUAUAAUAUCAAUAGUAUUAUGUUGGUUUUAUUGUAUAUUUUUAUAAUAAAAUAACCAGGGUUACCGUA